CUUGCCGUGUAUAUCAUCAUCAUUCUAAGUGAAGUACAACGGAUAUGUGGUGAUAAAGCAGCCCAACAGGUUUUUUAACUUUCCUUCCCCCUGCAACUCCCAUGGCAAGUUUAAGCUUCAAUGCCAUAAACAUCAAGCGCCCAACUGUCCAAUCUCACAAACCCAUCUCUCUCUUCUCUUCUUCUCUUGUAAAAUCCAUAAAAAUCCCAUUUUUAUCAUCAAAACCCAUCAAUAAUCCAAGAAAACCCCGACCCAUUUUAGUAUCUGAAAGUCCAGUUUCAGUGCCACUGGAGACUGAUGAUGAUGAAUUACUGGAUGACCCAACUGCAGAAUUGAGGUAUCUUGACCCGGAAGCCGACCCGGAUAGCAUUACAGAGUGGGAGUUGGAUUUUUGUUCAAGGCCCAUUCUUGAUAUUAGAGGAAAGAAGAUAUGGGAGCUUGUGGUUUGUGAUAAUUCAUUGUCUCUUCAGUAUACAAAGUUCUUCCCUAAUAAUGUUAUUAAUAGUGUUACUCUCAAAGAUGCUAUUGAAUCUGUUUGUGAUGAAUUGGAUGUGCCCUUGCCCGAAAAAAUUCGAUUUUUCAGGUCCCAGAUGCAAACAAUUAUCUCAAAAGCAUGUAAAGAGCUUGCUAUAAAGCCUAUUGCAAGUAAACGGUGCUUAUCGCUACUUCUUUGGCUUGAGGAUCGAUAUGAAACUGUAUAUAUGCGACAUCCUGGUUUUCAGAAAGGAGCCAAACCACUCCUGGCACUAGACAACCCAUUUCCGAUGAAUCUUCCUGAUAACUUAUAUGGAGAUAGAUGGGCAUUCGUUCAGUUACCUUUUUCAGAUGUUAAAAAGGAGGUCUUAUCCUUACAGACGACAUUUGCCUUUGGAGCAAGUCUGGAUUUGGAUCUGCUUGGGAUUGAAAUCGAUGACGAGGCUCUAGUUCCUGGAUUAGCUGUCUCAUCUUCACGUGCUCAACCAUUAGCAGCUUGGAUGAAUGGAUUAGAAGUGUGUUCAAUCGAAGCUGAUGUAGCACGAGCUAGCUUGAUUUUAUCAGUUGGCAUUGCCACUCGCUACAUCUAUGCUUCAUAUAAGAAAACACCAGAAAGUACAAACGAAGCUGAAGCUUGGGAAGCAGCAAAAAAGGCAUGCGGAGGCUUGCAUUUCCUUGCAAUUCAAGAUGACUUGGAUUCAGAUGAUUGUGUGGGGUUUUGGCUCCUGUUAGACUUGCCGCCACCAUCUGUAUAGUUUAGUGUCUAGUAAAAUUAUAUAGAAAAAUGUCCAUCACGCUUACUUGUUAAUAUUCACACUUGCCUUGGGUUCUCAUAGGAGUUUCGAAUCUUAAGGGGAUACUUUAGUUUUGACUCCCGAGGUGUGUAAAUCUUUAAGGCAAAAUUCUAGUGAGUUGCUACAAGGAAGAGGAAUGAAGCUAAUGGAAAUUGUAAGACUUUUUGUUCCAUAUGCAUUACAUGAUUAUGAUAGGAAAUCAUAUUUGGGAUAA